AUGGCGGCAGUGAAGGCAGAGGGGCCCUGGAUGAGUGACACUGAGGAGUUCCCAUUCCUGGAUCCUGCACUGCAGAAGCAGGCAGUGAAAGUGAAGAAAAUGGAGAAUUUGAAGAAAAAGGUGGAGUGGAGGAAGGAGAAGAAGCAGAAGCAGAAGCUCAUGGACAAGAGGAAACACCCAGAGCAGACAGAUAUCAAGGACCCAGGCUUGCUGCGGCAGUGCCUGGGACCUGGUUGUGUGCAUCCCACCCGACCAGACUGCAAGUAUUGCUCCAAUGACUGUGGCAUGAAGCUGGCAGCUGACCGCAUCAAUAAGAUCCUGCCCCAGCGCAUCGAGCAGUGGCAGAAGAGCCCCUGCAUUGCUGACGAGCAUGGCAAGAAAAUGCUUGCGCUCAUCCACCAUGAGCAGCAGGACACCCACGCCCAACUGAAAGACAUGGAGUGCAAUUUCCAUAAACUUGAGGCCAUCAUUCUGCGUGGCAAGCAGCAGGCUGUGUGCAAGGAUGAGGAGAGCAACAAAGGUGCGAGGGACAACAUAAACCUGCAGAUCUUCUGUGUCUCCUGCGGGCAACCCAUCAGUAGGCGUGUCACCUUGCGCCACAUGGAGCGCUGCUUUGCCAAGUAUGAGUGCAAAUCGUCCUUCGGGUCCCUUUCCCCCACUUGCAUUGAGGGGGCCACAAGGCUCUUCUGUGAUGUUUAUGACCCACAGAGUAAGAGGUACUGUAAGCGGCUCCAGGUGCUGUGCCCUGAGCACUCGAGGGACCCCAAGGUACCGGAUGAUGAGGUGUGUGGUUGCCUGCUAGUGCACAAUGUCUUUGAGCUCACUGGUAAUUUCUGUUGCCUCCCCAAAAGCCGGUGUGAACACCACUACUGCUGGGAGAAGCUGAGGCGAGCUGAGGUGGACCUAGAGCGUAUUCGUGCGUUGCACAAGCUGGAAGAGCUAGAUGAGCAGGAGAAGAAGGUGCACACAGCUAUGAGAAACCGGGCAGGGCUGCUGGCCUUGAUGCUUCAUCAGACAAUCCAGCAUGACCCGCUCACCACUGACCUGCGUUCCAGAGUAGACAGCUGA